AUGUACUCCAAAUUCUGGCCUGCAGGAGGCCUCCCUGGCAUCCUCCACCACUUCACCGAAACCCUGGUCGCAUUCGAAUUCACCACCUCCGCAGUUCCCAAAAAACACUCCCUGCUCUUCGUCGGCGGCCUCGGCGAUGGCCUCGCAACAACCUCGUACAUGGCGGACCUCGCCAAAGCCCUCCAACCAACAGACUGGUCCCUCUUCACGCUGAACCUCACGUCUUCGUACUCCGCCUGGGGCCUGGGCCACCUCGACCGCGACACCGACGAAAUCGCCCAAUGUCUCAACUACAUCCGGGACUACAAGGGCGGGAAAUUCGCCAACAUCAGCGGCUUCAAGGGCCACAGUAACAGCAAAGUCGUCCUAAUGGGCCACUCAACAGGCAGCCAGUGUGUCGUGCACUACCUCUCGAAACCAAACCCACACACCUCCGCAAAGGCUUUCGACUCCGACCUGCAACAUAUCCUACGUACCCGUCUCGACGGCGCAAUCAUGCAAGCGCCCGUUUCCGACCGCGAGGCUAUCCAGUACGUCCUAUCGACCGGUUGGAUGGGGCGCACAUCAUCCCAAGUCACGGAGAUCUACAAGGAGCUCGAGAAACUGGCGCAAGAUGAGAUCGCGAAAAAUCCAGAUCCUCAGUUUGAUGCCCUCCUUCCGCUCCAUAUGACCGGCGUCAUUGGCUACCCCGGCAACGUACCUCUUUCUGCACGCCGGUUCCUUAGCCUUGUUUCCCCUGGGACGCCUAGCGGAACUCCCGGUGAAGACGAUCUCUUCAGCUCAGAUCUGGGCGAUGAAUCGCUGAAGAACACCUUUGGGACGAUUCGGGAGCGGGGGCUGCUGGCGUCGAAGCUGAUGGUUUUGAUCUCGGGGAAUGAUCAGGCCAUGCCUGGGUGGGUUGAUAAGGAGGCGUUGUUAAGAAGGUGGAAGGGAGUUGUUGAUGGGGAGAGAAAGGAUGGAGAGAGUGGGAUUUGGCAUGAAGGGAGUGGGCUUAUUCCGGGGGCUUCGCAUGCGUUGAGUAACGAUGACCAGGCAGAGCCGAGGAGAUUCCUUGUUGAUAAGGUCAUGACUUAUCUGAGAGGGGUGGAGAACUGA